UAUCGAACGGGUUUUAAACGCGGUCAAUUGCGACGACGGCUGCGAUUAGCGCGAGAUGAGUCAAAAACAUCAUUAAAUCUCGAGAUCUAACUGACAAAGUGUAUAAAUUUGACGUUAAGCAGCAAAGAGGCCCGGCCAUGCUACUGGUACAACAUAUUUUUCAUUUACAACAGUACAUAUGUACGUAUGUACUUGUACUCCAAUUUCCUUGUCCUUAUUCGGCUGAAUAAAGCAUUUCAUAAGAAUUAUAAUUGUUAAACAUAAUUAGAUGCGUAUCUACAUAAUGCAGUCCGCAUUAAACAAUUUUUAGAUGUGCACAAAUCUUGCGCGUAAUAAUUUAAAAGCCAAAUAUAAUUAACUUUUAAACAAAUAACUAGUAAAGCGGCAAAAUGUUGAUCCGUUGGAAGAGCAAAGAUAAAAGUGCAUCAACAAAUCAAAGUGGCAGUGCGAACAGCAGCUCAUCGUCGAAAAAGAAACGCAAAGGACGAGAAGGAGAAGAAGACUGGCAAAAUGAGAACAAACCGGGCCGCUUGCCGACUAACGACCAAGGAGGCGACGAGCGCAGACGCGCAAUGCGCCGCGACGAUCCACGGCGCCACACACUUGGUGGCGACAUUUUAGUCUAUGGCAGCUCUCAACAUCCUCACGCACAUCAAAUGCCACAGCAGCAACGUGCCAUGGACCUGGAAAUGAGUACACGAGCGCAAAAGAACAAGAAGAAUCAGCCAAUGCGCGGCUAUGCACCCGUUAAUCAGGGUCCAUUGUUCGACGAUGACCCCGGCAUUAUGUCCGAGGUGGAAACGGCUAGCACUGGCUUUCGGCGCGGCGGUAAACAGCGCUCAUCUUUGCCAGUGGUGCGCACACCCUCCAAGACACUGGAGCGACCGCUGGGCCUAGUAUUUUUACAGUAUCGAUCCGAAACAAAGCGAGCACUGCUCCCAAAUGAAAUCACCUCGAUCGACACGGUGCGUGCGCUGUUUGUGCGCUCGUUUCCCCGUCAGUUGACCAUGUCGUAUUUGGAAGGACCGAACGUUAAGAUCUACAUUCAUGAUGCCAGCAAGGAUAUGUUUUAUGAAUUGGAAGAUGUGCGCUCUCAUCUGCGCGAAAUACGCGAUCGUUCGGUGCUGCGUCUCUUCGAGUCCACAGAGGUAGCCGCUCCGCCUCAGAUUUUGCCAGGUGGUCCCGGCAUACCACAGCCACUACCCCAAGCACCAUCUAGCUGGGAUCAGGAUCAGAGCUACUUCAGUGAGCCAGAAUUCGAUUCGGACUUCAAGCACCAGCACAUCCACAAGUCCAAGAUUGGCAAACAACCAGCUCCAUAUUAUGUUGGCUCCUCGCAGACCCUGCCACGUGGCAUGUACGCCUCGGAACGUGCCAAAGUCUCGAUGGGAACGCCUGUGAAACCAUUCAGAUCGAUUAAUCGAAGGGGUAGCAUGGAACCCCUGUUUCCAUAUUCCUCGGAUCAAUUAUACAGUAUACCAGACGGAUACACCAGCUCUCCGGAACGGAGCGUACGUGGCAACUAUGAGGAACCAUACUAUAGCCAGUACGGCACACGCGGCGCUGUUGUGGCGCCCAUCAUUGACGAGGAACAAAGCGAUGUGGCCCUCGCGGAAGACCAGUACUCGUUGUACGGCAUUAAAGUGGGCCCUAAUCGUCUGCCGCAUCGUGGUAAUCAGAUCUACGACCCAACCAGACCCGAAGAUUUGCAUCGCAUACGCGUUGAGCAUAUGGAGCGUCAAUUGGCCAACUUGACUGGAUUGGUCCAGAAGGCUUUGGUCAAUCAAAAUCCCCAAAUUGCGCCAAUGUCUGUGCCCACAUUGGAUUCCAACUAUCUCGUUGUGCCAACACAAAUGCAAGCUAAUGGUUCCGCUGAUGAGCUAUAUAUUAGAGAAAAGGCACCCAAACUGGGAAAGAACUCGUGUCAAAAAUCCGUGUCCUUUGAGAAAUCUGUUUCAUUUAGCGACGAUAUACAGGGAAUACCCAAGUCACAUAAUCCCCUACAUGCCGCUGAUACGAAACCAACCAAGCCGGCAAUCAAGUCGUCUACCUUGCCGCGUACGUCGUCUCAAGAGCGCGAUCGCCUAAAGCCCCCUCCACCGCCAAAGCCCAUUGUGUUGGCCCAGACCUCGCAUCCCAGCAGCUACCGUGCGGACAUUGCACUCGCACCGGAGGUCUACAAUCAUUUGCGUGGCUUGCAAAAAAAGGCAAAGGAUUUGCGCAUGGAAGUCCGAACUUUGAGGCGUUUAUCGCAGGCCCAGUCCGUGGCCGUACGGGAGGAUAUCAAGAGCACUUUUAUGCGUAUACGUGCCACAUUGUUGGCCAGCAAUGGCAACUUUUGGGGGCAAAGCGAUCAGGACACCACGCGCAUCUCCCGGGAAGAAGAACUAUACAAGCAGGAGGUCAUACGACUCGAAAAGGAUCUAAGCGAUUUGGAGGCUUCGGUGGAGAAUUUACGCGGCGAGGUUAUCAAUCGACGUACGCGCGUCAAUAUGACAGCUGUCGAGGACAUGGCGCUGGUAUUAAGUCGUGCCAGCAAAACUGUUGCUGAACUGAAGCUCAAAUUUCCGACACUAUCGAAUGGCUUGCGUUGCAUAUUAUCUAACGAGAUGGAGAAAGUGGUACGUGAAGAAAAGUUCCUAAAAGAAGAGCCCGAUCGCCUAGAGUCGGCCUUGCGACGCUGCAAAAAGCUUACGGGCACCUUGGUGACACUUAAACGUUUGGCAAGCGUGCAGGAACAACGAUUACCACCCAAUGAGCCGUCAGUAAAUGAAGAGUCUUUGCGUUCCGCCGAUAUUUCGGUGCCCGACAAGCCAAUCCCAACACCCAGGAUGGGGUCGUUCACUGUCAGCGGGGGAUUCGCACCCGAAAACGCACUCGAUGCUCUGCUAGACGAGCUCAAGACAUUUUCAAAGCCAAUUGCCCAACAACAACAACAGCAACAACAACAACAACAACAACAGCAACAACAACAACAGCAACAAUUCGAGGUACGCCCCGAAGACUCGGCAUCCGAUGAGAGCGCCCAGGCUGCUGUACAAAGUACCGUCACCACGCAAAUAUCCCAGGCUCGCCUUUUCACCGAAUCCAACGUAAAUAUGCAACAGGCCAACACCAACAGCAUGGUCAUGGCUGUGGCAACAGGCUCCGCACAACAUUCACGUGGCCCAUUGACCCAGUCCCAGUCCCAGUCCCAGUCCCAGCAGCAGCAGCAGCAGCAGCAUCAGCUAAUGGUGCACACCAAUAUGGGCAGUUUACGUCGCCUGCACUCGUUCCCCAGCGAAUCGGACAACGAAUUCCCAGCGCGUGACAGUCUGGCAAAUGGUGGCAGCAGCAGCAUCAUGAAACCACCAGUUCCCGAGCGUAACGCCGAUUUAAUAACUAAAGUGGGUCACAAACGCAUACCGCCACCACCGCCGCCGCGUACCAGCUCACGCAGUCCACUGGCCAGUCCGACAAGCCCAAAUGUGCCACAGAACAUACUAGCUGCCGCCGCAGCAGCAGCUGCUGACAACAAUAUCAACAUCAGCAUCGAAACUGUCGUUAUCGGCGGUGGCGACACCUCCAGUGGCGACAACUCGAGUGGCAAUGAGUCCGGCAACGAUCAUGCCCAGCGGCAGGUUGCUCUCGAAAUGCGGCACCAGGAACUAUUAAAGAAACAGAAGCUAUUGCAGGAACAAUACCAGCGCUUGCAACAAAUGAGCAAAAUACCCUCGGUGGACAUAUCCUGCUCCACACAGGACCUUAAACACUUGGCCAGCGGCGAAUCGAAUAUACAGCAAAAGAUCGCCGCAUUGAAUCUGGCCUGUGGUGGCGACGCUGCGGCGGCUGACACUACUGUGGCUACAAAUGGUGUGUUGAUCAGUGAUGCUACGGGUGGUGUGGUCGGCGGCGGUGGUGUUGUUGUUGUUGGGACAAUUGGUACAGGAGCUGCUGCUGCUGCUGCUGCUGCUGCUGCAAACACACAAUUACAACAAACAUCUACAAUGACCACUAAGCAGGUGUAUGAGACGGAAAUACUUUAACACAACUGGAAAUUGGCAUGGAGCGAAACGAAAAUUGAUAUUUAAUCUGUUUGUAGCGCCCGGUUAAUUGAAGCAUUAUGUGUCUGUCUCUAUCUCUGUCACUUGCACGAAUUUCACCCGUAUCCGUAUAUCACUAUCUUUGUCACUCUUGCUAACCAGACAUCAUAACACACGAAGACUCUGUAAUAUCAUUAAUAAUUGAAUAAUAGAAUUGUUAAGAAAUGUUAAGAAACUAAACUCGUACUUAUACGGGUUACAUCUAAAUGUCGUACAUACAAAAAUUCAUAUACGUUAAUGUGCGAGUGUAUGUUUGUAUGUACCCAUUGCCAAAUGAAAAUCCAAAACUUUAGACACAUGCACCCGAAUAAUAGCAGCACAUAGCUGUAUGUAUGUAUGUACAUAAGUACAUCUUAUAGUAUAUGUCCCUGUUCAAAAGAUUUUGGACAAUAUGCAUACCGAGCAUGAGUAGAAUAUUAAAGAACCCCCCCCCCGUAACGCAUGAAAUGUCUACCUAUUAUCCAUUAGCGAAAUAUUUAUAUCCUGGUUCAGAGAAAUAGCUGGUCCUAAAUAGGCAGACCACAAUGUCAAGGAAAAGCAUCACAUACAAACAUUUUGCUGUUUACAUAUUUACUUUAAUAUAUUUCGUUUUUUUUUUAUUUAUUUAUUUUUUUAUUAUUUUUUUUGGUAUGGGACGUGAGACUGAUAGUUCUAUAUAUCUAGGUCAUCAAAAUGUAAUGAAUAAUUACUAAAAAUAAUCAAUAGGUACGAUUAUAUUUCUUAGAAAAUAAAACUAGCUAAUUUUAUCCCCGACACGGUGUACUCUUUCCAAAAUCCAUCUAUCACACUGAAAACAAUUUGACGACGUUUUUGGGAAGAGUCGAUUUCUUCGGAAUACCGAAAAUAAAUGUUAUUGCUUAUACCGUACGCCCAUUAAAUGGGUAUAUGUAUUUAUUAAUUUGAACGAAUGUGCGCAUCACAUUCGAGCCAUGUCGGUCCGCCCAUUUAUUUGUUAGUGCUCCUCAAAUCAAGUCUAUUGUUUUUUUUAAUUAUACAAAUUAUCAUAUAUUCAGGCGCUCAGUUAUUUCCAAGUUGUAUAUAUGUAUGUAUGGCACUUCGCUCUGUUUUAGUCGAAACAUAUUUAAUAUAUUUCAUAGCACAGCUCUUCAUAGCUAGUAAUUUUUAAAUACAUACUUAAGUUUUUACAUGUUUUUAGCAAAUUGGAAUGCUUUUGAAAUACAAAUUAUGUGUACACUGACAUACAUAUGUACAUACAUACUUACAAACAAACAUAUAUAAAAUGUUUUAUUAUACAUUUAGCAUAAUAUUCGUGUACCGUAAGGGUAUUAGAUGUACAUAUUCAUAUAUACAAUUAAAAAUUUGUUGCACUUGUACCAGAUUUUUAUAUAAAUUUAAAAUGCAUUUCCCAGUUUUUUGGAUGUAAUUUUACGUAUUUAUGCCUUUAUAUGUAUGUAUAUAUACGACGGUUACAUGUAACUAUUCCUAUUCCCUGCCAAUGAUACACAUUUUAUCAGUUAAUAAGCAUAUUUUGUAAAAAUCGUUAUUUGUAUGUUUCACAUAGUAAAUAGAGAAACAUAAUUAUAUAAACAAAAUGUUCCUCGAUUUUGACGUAGCUCGACUUUCGAAAUCGAGCUACGCCAAAAUCGACGAAUAGUGAGUAUUGUUCAUAAUCGUUAAAUUACACAUCAAUACGAUACGAAUUAACUAAUUGACAUUUUUAAUUCAUACUAUAUACAAAUAUAACGAAAAUAAAAAGAUGCGCUCAAAAUAUUUAUACACAUUAUUAAUACAUAUUUUCAAUAAUGAAAGCACUUUGAUUUAAAUUUUGACAAAUAUGUAUAGCAUACAAAAAAAAAAGUCACGCAACGAAAAUACAUUCAAAAGAAUUGAUUACAGCGAUAAGAAGUACGAAACUACAUAUGUGAAAGUAUUUAAAUACUAUAAAGCGGCAAAACUUAAUAAUGAUAAAACUUAUUAAACAUAUUUUAAAAUAUAGUAAUGCAUAAAAACACCACCAAAUCAAAUGGUAUUGAAUGUAUGUAUGUAUGUAUACGUAAAUGUUUUUCUUAUUAGGCACACACACAUUUACACACAAUCAACUGCAAACAUGCGUGGCAAUACUUCUAGUAACAUGGCAUAAAGUAGGUACUAUAAAGAUUAAUAACAAUAAUAAAAAUAUAUAAAAAAAAAAAAACCAAAAACAAACAACUAUACAAAAUCAUCAUGCAUAGAUGUGAACAUAAAAAUGCGCAUUUUUUUCUUAAAAUUAUUGUAAUACAUAUUUAAAUUGCAAGAAACCACAACAAUAAAUAUAUCAUACGCAAAGUA